UGCACAACAAGCAUAUUGGGAACUGAAGAGAGAAAUAUCCAAUUUGCGUCUAGUGACUGACAUGCAAGCUAAGGUUCUACAAAAACUGAAAACAAACCCAACAGCGACCAAGAAAGCUGCCUCUGCUGCACCAGUACAAUGUGUUGACUUGAACAUUUCAAAGCUGAAUUUGACAUCUGGGGUAGUCUAUAAAAAACUCUCACAAAAUGAUAAAGUACUCUGCAAUGCUGUGUCUCCCCCUCUGCCAAGAGAGGUAAACAGCCCAUCUGAAAGGGUGACUCUACAAGCAUGGACAGAUGAGCGACCCAUUCCAGUUGAUGGCAAAACAUUUCAGGAACAUCAUUCUUAUGGAAAGAGCUCUCUGGAAGAUAAUUCCUGGGUAUUCCCAAGUCCUCCAAAGCCUAAUGAGAAUGUGUUUUGGGAAAUGAAAAAUAAAGCCACCUUGUUAAACUGUCCAGAUUACUUGGAUCAGUGUAAUCAAAACUGUCUGCACAAGAGUUAAACAAUUUUUAGAAUGAACUGAGGCUUUUUUAGAAUGGUUCUGAAUAGGCACCUUAAUGCUUGAACUUUUAAAGAGGGAAAACAGAUUGCCUGAAAUGUUCUUUAUUUUUCAUUCUAGUUCUGAAACAGAAAGCCUAGUCUUCCUCUGCUGUAAAUCAGGAGCAAGUUCCGUGAAGUUAAAGCUGUGCUGGUAUAAUGUAAAUAUAAAGAAAUCUGAUGUGGGGCCUAGAUAGUCUUGUACUGCAAAUGGCAUAUAUUUGCAAAAGAUUACACUGAAAAGUGAGUUCUUGGAAUAAAACAAAGUAAUCCAG